GGCCGGGAGGUCAGCAUGCCCUGCAAUGUAGCUGCUCCAGAAGCUCAGACCACGUACCUAACACAGGGAAGAAAGUGCACACAGUCCCCCACUACCAUAAAUUAUGCAACCAAGUCUCCCACAUUUGGGGAAAUCAAAAAGGUCAGCACACCCAGAGUGCAACAAUGGAUGGGUCUCACCCUGGAAAAUCACCUUCAUGAUCAUGGUUUUCCCCUGCCGGGUGGCCUGAGUAUGGAGGACUUCCGGAGGGUGCUGAUGAAGACAGGGCUGGUGCUGGUGGUGCUGGGCCACAUGAGCUUCAUCGCAGCCACUCUCCUCCACGGCACCGUGCUGCGCUACGUGGCUGGCCCGCACGACGCUGUGGCCCUGCAAUACUGCGUGGUCAACAUCCUGUCUGUCACGUCUGCCAUUGUGGUCAUCGUCUCAGGCAUUGCAGCCAUCGUGCUGUCCCGCUACCUGCCCAGUGUCCCCCUGCGCUGGACAGUGUUUAGCUCGAGCAUGGCCUGUGCCCUUCUGUCUCUGACCUGUACUCUGGGCCUCUUGGCCUCGAUCGCCGUGACCUUUGCCACCCAGGGCCGGGCACUGCUGGCCACCUGCACUUUUGGAAGCUCCGAAGUGCUGGUACUGGUGCCCGACUGUCCCUUCGACCCCACACGCAUUUACAGCUCCAGCCUGUGCCUCUGGGGCAUCUCGCUAGUGUUCUGUGUGACCGAGAGUGUGUUUGCUGUGCGCUGCGCCCAGCUCACCCACCAGCUGCUGGAACUGAGGCCCUGGUGGGGGAAAAGCAGCCACCACGUGAUGCAGGAGAGCCCAGAGCCUGUGGAGGGCCAUGACCUGCUGAGCUGCACCAGCUCUGAGCCGCUGACCCUCUGAGAGCUGAUGCCCCAUCCAGGCCCCAUGACCACUAGGGCCCCACAACCCAGUCUGCGCUGUGACCAGGCCAGGGUUCCUGGAGCAGACCCCAGCUCACUGGUCACUCGGGGACCCCAGUAGGGCUUUCCACCCCCUCCCUCAGCUACCCAGCCCACUGCACUGAAAUGAGACUUUAUUUCGAAGUUAUUAAAAAGAACAGAGAUGC